CGGCCUCAGUCGCUGUGAGGAGCCGCGGUCGGCGGGACUUCCGUGUUGGCGGGAUUCUGAACGCUGCCAUGGCUCAGACCGUGCAGAACGUUACGUUGUCGCUCACUCUGCCCAUCACGUGCCACAUCUGCUUGGGGAAGGUACGCCAGCCUGUUAUAUGCGUCAACAACCAUGUAUUUUGUUCAAUUUGUAUCGAUUUGUGGUUGAAGAAUAAUAGCCAAUGUCCAGCCUGCAGAGUCCCCAUCACUCCUGAAAAUCCUUGCAAAGAGAUUAUUGGAGGAACAAGUGAAAGUGAACCUAUACUGAGCCAUACAGUCAGGAAGCACCUUCGGAAAACUAGACUUGAAUUACUCCACAAAGAAUAUGAGGAUGAAAUAGAUUGUCUACAGAAAGAGGUAGAAGAGCUUAAGAGUAAAAAUCUCAGCUUGGAGUCACAGAUCAAGACUAUUCUGGAUCCUUUAACCUUGAUGCAGGGCAACCAAAAUGAAGACAAACAUCCAGUUGCAGAUAAUCCAAGUAAAGUUGACCCAGAAACUGUAGCAGAGUGGAAGAAAAAACUUAGAACAGCUAGUGAAAUCUACGAAAAAGUGAAAGAUGAUGUGGAAAAGUUGAAGGAGGCAAAUAAAAAAUUGAAAUUGGAAAAUGGUGGCCUGGUGAGGGAGAAUUUACGACUGAAAGCUGAAGUUGAUAACAGAUCACCCCAGAAGUUUGGAAGGUUUACAGUAGCUGCUCUUCAGUCCAAAGUAGAACAGUAUGAACGUGAAACCAAUCGCCUCAAGAAAGCCCUGGAACGAAGUGAUAAAUAUAUAGAGGAACUAGAAUCUCAAAUUACACAGCUAAAAAAUUCAAGUGAUGAGAAGGAAGCUAUGAAUUCCAUUUGCCAGAGAGCACUUUCUACAGAUGGCAAGGGGAGCAAAGGCACUGAGGAGGAUAUGGCAUCCAAGAAUCAAGGUGAUGGUGCCAGAAAGCAGCUUGGCUCAUCAACCUUGAAUUCACACCUGGCAAAACCUUCUAGCAGUUCUGUCAGACAGGAAAGCACCAGCAAAACAGAACCAAAUUGUUCUAAGAACAAAGACUUAUAUCACAAACGGGUGGAAAUAAUGUUAGAUGUGACAGAUACAAGUAUGGAUACUUAUUUGGAAAGAGAAUGGGGUAAUAAGCCAAGUGAUUGUGUAUCCUACAAAGAUGAAGAACUCUAUGAUCUUCCAGCUCCCUGUACUCCUUUGUCCCUUAGUUGCCUUCAGCUCAAUACGCCAGAAAAUAGAGAGAGCUCUGUGGUCAAAGCGGGAGGUUCCAGAAAGCACUCAAACCAUCUCAGAAAACUGGUGUUUGAUGAUUUUUGUGAUUCUCCGAAUGUUUGUAAUAAAGAUUCUUCAGAAGAUGAUAGAAGUGAAAGUGAGAAGAAAUCAGAAUGUUUUACUUCCCCAAAGACAGGGUUUUGGGAUUGUUGUUCCACGAGCUAUGACCCCAGCUUGGAUUUUGAAAGCUCAGAAGAGAACACGAUAGCAAAUUGUGUUGGAGAAAUUUCUUCAAAAUUGAGUGAGAAAUCAGGCUCAUGUUUAUCCAAGAGAUUGAAUUCUCUCCGCUCCUUUGAAAUGAAUCGGACAAGAACAUCCAGCGAAGCAUCAAUGGAUGCGGCUUACCUUGACAAAAUCUCGGAGUUGGAUUCAAUGAUGUCAGAGUCAGACAACAGCAAGAGCCCUUGUAAUAACGGUUUUAAGUCAUUGGAUUUGGAUGGCUUAGCAAAGUCAUCUCAAGGCAGUGAAUUCCUUGAGGAACCAGAUAAGCUGGAAGAAAGAACUAAACCAAACCUUUCUAAAGGUUCUCUAACUACUGAUCAGUUAGAAAAUGGAAAUGAAUGGAAACCCAAUUCUUUUUUUCUCCUCUCUCCAUCUGACCAGGAAAUGAAUGAAGAUUUUUCACUCCAUCCCAGUUCUAACCCAGGAACCAAUGAAAUCAAACCCCCAAGCUGUUUGUUUCAGACUGAGUUUUCCCAGAAUGUUUUGUUAAGCAGUUCACACAGGCUAUUUGAAGAUCAAAGGUUUGGGUCAUCUUUGUUUAAGAUGUCCUCAGAGAUGCAUGGUCUUCAUAACCACCUUCAGUCUCCCUGGUCUGCUUCCUUUGUGCCCGAAAAGAGGAAUAAAAAUGUGAAUCAGUCAACAAAAAGAAAAAUCCAGAGCAGCCUUUCCAAUGCCAGCCCAUCAAAAGCAACUAAAAGUUGACUAAUUAGAAAGGUGUCAUUUAUGUUUUUGUCCUGAGAGGAAUAUAAGAUUUCAAAGUUAGUUUUUUCCCCUCAUAAAAGCUCUAUACCAUUUUGAAUUGAUAAUCUUUCGUCAGGUGUCAAGUCAGAAUGGUGGAUUAGCCUGUACCCAGGAUACUUUUGUUCACUUUGAAGAGUUUUAGUAUUUUUCAUUUUCAUUUGGGGAUCUUUUUGACCAGAAAAGGUAGGGUGAGAGUUUCUUUUUAAUGAAUAUUAUACGUAUCUGGUUUGGGUAUAUUUUGUUUUCUUGAGUCUUGAUUUAACUAUUGAGGUACAAUGGCCUAUUAGUAAGCCUCAGUUAUCUUCAGAACUUGGAAUUUUUAAAUAAAACUUUCGGUGUUGUCCACAUACUGCUCAUAAGACACUUGAGUUUCUUUAAAGCUUUUCCUAGGGUGGAAAUUAUUUUGCCUGCCCCUUUUUAUUUAUGUUUAGUGAUAGCCUAACUUUUUUUCAAGGCCAUGAUGGAGAAAUAGCACUCGAACCUUAGUCCAAUACUCAUCUACUUUUUUUUUUAAGUUUUAUGUAUAUGUUUGCAUUUUUAACAUUGGGUUCUGUCCAGUUUUUGUGAAAAUGUGUUGCUAGUAUGAAAGAAUACAUUUUCUAUAUGAAAAUACUUGUUUUAUGUCAGGUAGCUUUCAUUCACUCAUCUUUUUGUGUGUGUUGAAAAUCAGAAAUUGAGCCUACUUUAGCAAGAAGUCAUGGAACAGUUGUGUUUGGAAGAGCCUAAACAUGGUAGCUUCAUCGUUUCAGAUAUACAGGUACAGGAGCACUCAUUGCCAAGUUCUUGAUCCACUUAUGUCCCAGGGGAACUUUCUUUGGAGUGGUAAAGUUCUUGUUUGCAUGUUGCUGUUCUUCAUGGAAACUGUAUGCAUGGUAGCAUUCUUGCUUGCACUGUUUUCCUUACUUAAGAAAAAGAAGUUUCAGUUGGCUGAAAGAUUAUCUGUUAUGUAGGCCCCAAAAAACUUUUUCAUGAAGAGUGUAAAGGGGGUGAGAAUAGGUGAGCUAAGCACAAUUUUUAAUUUAGAUUCUGAAAAGGUAUAUUAUUCUAAACAUGUUUGGUAUGCCCAUAUAGGCCUUUAAAAAUGGUUUGUAUGUUAAUGACUUGUUUAUCUAAUGUGCACUGAACAUUUUACAUUAAUACUGUACUGUUUUACAGUAAUACUGCAUGCUUUUCUAUGUGAAUUGAAUAAAGGAUGUCAGAAGCACUGUAA